CUGUCUCCUUAGCUGUCUGCCGCUGUGCCGGAUUAAAUUCCAACUUUACCACCGAGUUAUAUUAAAUUUUCCACUCAUGUUACUCAUUGUAUUAAUGGAAACAACGUGAAGAGAUAUUCCACAAAACAAAUAUCACCAUGCCUUAUUGUUUGCUAUGUAGGUGGUUCAGUUACGCAUAACAAUCAGCGCGAGCCAUCCCAAUACGCCGCAGCAACCCCGGCAACUCGCUAGCUGUACGUGCUGCCCAAAAUACCUACCGCUAAUCGAAGCCCUUUGCUUUUAUGGAAGCGAACAGCAUCACUAACGGGGUUGAUGAUACGUCGCGCCGGAGAUAAUGAGGAACAUCAUUGUGCUGUCACUGUUGCUGCUAAACAUGCAUCAUGUCAUAUCAGCACCCAAAGGCGUGGUGGCCAGUCUGAAAGCCAAAUGGAACAUGACACCUUUCCUACUCGAGACAAGUGAGUUUAUUGGAGAAGAUGGGAAUGAGAAAUUCUGGCAGUUUAUUGACACCGUGAAGGAGCUCACUGUAUACAAACAAGGCGAGUCUGUACGCUCAUACUACAACUUGGUCAUUAAAAAAGCUGGCCAGUUCCUCUCAGAUCUUCAAGUUAAUCUCCUCAGGUUUGCUCUGGCCUUGCGGUCCUACUCACCAGCUGUUCAUGCAUCCCAGCAGAUAGCCAGUGACGAGCCUCCACCUGAGGCUUGUCCUGCCUUUGUCUCCAUCCAUGGCCAACAUGGCUGCAGUACGAAGGACAUCAAGAAGCUCGUUAAAGCAGCUGCAGGCAGGCCAAAGCCAUAUUUAUACAAGAAUGAUCACACAUACCCAGGGGUUGUUAAAACAGAUGUGCCAGUUGUGAUUCUCUAUGCUGAGAUUGGCACCAAGAAGUUUGCCUCUUUUCAUAAGGUGCUAUCAGAAAAGGCUGAAGAGGGCAAACUUAUAUAUGUGCUUCGACAUUUUGUAGCGGAUCCAAAGCCUCGAAAUAUGCUUUUAUCUGGCUAUGGUGUUGAGUUGGCUAUCAAAAGCACAGAAUACAAAGCUGUGGAUGACACCAAAGUAAAAGAUUCAAAGGCAGUAAAUGCUGAGGAUGAUGAUAAUGAUGAAGUCCAAGGAUUCUUUUUUGGAACAUUAAAGAAAGUUCAUCCAGAGCUGCAGGAGCAACUUGUUGAGCUUCGCAAACAUCUUCUGGAGAGUACAAAUGAUAUGGCUCCGCUCAAAGUGUGGGAAAUGCAAGAUUUGAGUUUCCAGGCAGCUGCCAGAAUCAUCUCCGUGCCAAAGUUUGAUGCUUUGAAACUCAUGCGAGACCUGAGUCAGAACUUUCCAAGCAAAGCCAGAUCACUGACAAGAGUGGCUGUAAAGCAGGAAAUGAGAAAAGAAAUUGAGGAGAACCAAAAGCAUCUCAGUGAGACCAUUGGCGCUCACCCAGGAGACGGGGAGCUCUUCAUCAAUGGGCUGCACAUCGAUCUGGACAUUCACAACCCUUUCAGCAUUUUGGACAUCCUCAGAGGAGAAGCCAGGGUCUUGGAGGGGCUUCAUAACCUAGGUAUAAAAGGAGAAUAUCAGAGCAAGAUGCUGAGGUUACCUGUGAAUGCUGUGGAUGACAACUAUGCCUUAGAUAUCAGACACCCAGCAAUAAUGUGGAUAAAUGACAUAGAGAAUGACUCGACGUACCUCGGGUGGCCGGCGGGUCUACAGGACCUUCUCAGAGCCACUUUUCCUGGAGUCAUCCGGCAGAUCCGACGCAAUUUCUUCAACCUGGUGCUGUUCCUAGAUCCAUUGCAGGAAGAAAGUGUUGAGCUGGUGAAACUAGCAGAGCUUUUCUACAAGCACAAGAUUCCCCUGAGAAUUGGAUUUGUGUUUGUUGUCAACACCAAAGAUGAUAUUGAUGGCUUCUCAGAUGCAGGAGUUGGAUUUUACAGACUGCUGAAUUACAUUGCAGACGAGUACGAUUUAUCCCAGGCUCUUGUAACCAUGGUCUCACUGUACAGCAAAGUACAUGUAGGGGAGACGCUGUCUGUUGAUACACUCACUGACUACCUGAAGAGAAAAUUCCCAAAAGCCAAUGCUGAAAGGAUUCUAGGUGUAGAAUCGGAGUAUGAUGACAAAAGAAUGGAUGGUGCCCUCUUUUACAAAAAGAGCGGCCUGGGUGCCCUACCUCUGGCUUUAUUUAAUGGAGUCCCUCUGAGCCCGGAUGAGAUGGACCCAGAUGAGCUGGAAACCAUCAUCCUGCAGCGCAUAAUGGAUACCACCACCACCUUGCAGAGAGCUGUCUUUAUGGGUCAGUUAACUGAGGGCUCAGAUGUGGUGGACUAUCUAAUGGAGCAGGCCAAUGUGGUUCCCAGGAUGAACCCUCUUAUUUUAAGCACUGACCGCAAGUUCCUUGACUUCACUGCCACACCAGUUGUAGAUGAUUGGGAAGACACAACUAUGUUUUCGUUCCUGGACAUCAGAGACAAAACAGCAGUGAUGGCUAAGAGAAUGAAGUACUUUACAAACACCGGUACGGAUGGGAUGAGUACUGUGACCAUGUGGAUAGUUGGAGAUGUUGAGAAGGUUUCAGGAAGAAAGUUAUUACUCAAUGCUCUGAAACAUAUGAAGGCUAGCCACGGAGUGCGGGUUGGAGUGAUAGAUAACCCCAGUGGAAAGCCCAGCACAGAUAACACUGUGCUGUACAGGGCGAUCUGGGCCGCUUUCCUCACCCAGAAGAAUAAGGCUGCAGCAGACUUUGUGCAAAAACUCCUGAAAGAGGAGAAGAGCCAACUCCUCCAACAGGGGACCAAGAUGAAGGACUUACUCAUGCAGGGCAUGGAUGUUGAUGCCUUUGAGAAAAAGUUCAACACAAUGGAGGUCGAUUUUAUCCGCAGUCAGCAGCUGUUCUGUAGAGACGUCUUGAAACUGAAUCCUGGACAACGGGCAGUUAUCUGCAACGGCAGGAUCCUUGGUCCGUUUGAAGAGGAGGAAGAAUUCACAGUGGAGGAUUUCCACUUGCUGGAGAAGAUUACACUGAGCAGUUCUGCAGAGAAAGUCAAAGCCAAAGUUAAACAGAUGGGGAUGAAGGCAAAGCAUGCCAGUGACCUAGUCAUGAAAGUUGAUGCUCUCUUAACUGCAGCCCCCAAAGGGGAAGUCAGGAGGGAUGUCCACUUUAUCAAAGACAGCCACAGUGUGCUUCAUCUCUCCCCACGUGAAAAUGAGGUACUCUAUGACGUGGUGGCCAUCGUUGAUCCUCUCACUAGGGAGGCUCAGAAGAUGUCCGCCUUGCUGAUCGUGCUCAGCCAAGUGGUUAAUAUGAGACUGCAGGUGUUUAUGAAUUGCAGGGCUAAGUUGUCCGAGAUGCCCCUCAAGAGCUUUUACCGCUUUGUCUUGGAGUCUGAUGUGACUUUCUUGGCUAACGAUACGGUGUCUUCAGGACCAGUUGCUCGCUUCAUGGAGCUCCCAGAAUCUCCACUCCUCACCCUUAAUAUGUUUACACCGGAGAGCUGGAUGGUGCAAGCAGUGCGCAGCCCCCAUGACUUGGAUAAUAUCCACCUGCAGGAGGUGAGCGGGGUUGUGACGGCAGAGUAUGAACUGGAGCACCUUUUGCUGGAAGGCCACUGUUUUGACCUGUCAACUGGCCAGCCUCCCCGCGGGCUUCAGUUUACCCUGGGCAUGAGUCGAGACCCACUCAUGUAUGACACCAUUGUCAUGGCUAACCUGGGAUAUUUCCAGCUGAAAGCCAGUCCUGGUGCCUGGAUCUUAAGAUUACGUAAAGGGAGAUCAGAGGACAUCUAUCAGAUUCUCACGCACGAUGGAACGGAUUCCCCUGCGGAUGAUGGUGAUGUUAUAGUUGUGCUGAACAGUUUCCACAGUAAGAUCAUCAAAGUCAGAGUGCAGAAAAAAGCAGAAAAGAUAAAUGAAGAUCUUUUAAGUGAAACUAGUGAAAGCAAAGGCAUAUGGGACUCCAUAGCAAGUGUUUGGAGCACUUUUGAGAAAAGCAUCACAGGCGGCAGCUCCAAGAAAGAUGAUGGAGAAAAGAAGAAAGAGGAUGUUCUAAACAUAUUUUCUGUGGCCUCAGGGCAUCUGUAUGAGCGCUUUCUGAGAAUAAUGAUGUUGUCCGUCCUUCGGCAUACCAAAACACCCAUCAAGUUCUGGUUCCUUAAGAAUUACCUUUCCCCAUCUUUCAAGGAGACCAUCUCCCACAUGGCAGAGUCGUAUGGCUUUCAGUAUGAAUUAGUACACUAUAAGUGGCCCCGAUGGCUCCACCAGCAGACUGAGAAGCAGCGAAUUAUCUGGGGAUACAAGAUCCUCUUCCUGGAUGUUCUGUUUCCUUUGGCUGUAGACAAGAUCAUCUUUGUGGACGCUGACCAGAUAGUUCGGGCUGAUCUGAAAGAGUUGAGGGAUUUAGACCUGGAAGGUGCUCCUUAUGGGUACACUCCAUUUUGUGAUAGUCGCAAAGAGAUGGAAGGCUAUCGUUUCUGGAAAACCGGGUAUUGGGCUUCACAUCUGGGACACAGAAAAUACCACAUCAGUGCUCUGUAUGUAGUAGAUUUAAAGAAAUUCCGCAAGAUUGCAGCCGGGGACAGAUUAAGAGGCCAGUAUCAAGCCUUGAGCCAAGACCCCAACAGUCUGUCCAACCUGGACCAGGACCUUCCUAACAACAUGAUCCACCAGGUGGCCAUCAAGUCUCUUCCCCAGGAGUGGCUGUGGUGUGAGACAUGGUGUGAUGACGCCUCUAAAACCGUAGCUAAAACUAUAGACCUGUGCAAUAACCCGAAGACCAAGGAGCCCAAGCUAACAGCUGCAGCAAGGAUUGUGCCUGAGUGGGUCAAAUAUGACAACGAGAUAAAACAGCUACUGAGACAGGUCCAGGCACAGAGAGACACAGCGACACAAAAACAGACUCCUUCUCCCUCGCAGCAUAAAAAAGCAGACAACCUGCGUGAUGAGCUUUAGUGUCUGCGCCACGCUGAAGAGGGAGGAGGCAGCACCUUGCGUACGCAGGCCACCUGUGAAGCCUGAAGACAAGACAGUUCCAUCUAAACAUAGCCACAGUGUUGCUUCCCCAGCCGGAGGAGGAUAGGAUAUUUUCAGAGAUGCCAUAUCUGCUUCUGCGGUCAGUACGUCUUACAACAUCAACACGUGAUGCAAGUGUUAACUGCCAACUGUGAAUUCGUGGUGCGCUAUCAGCACUGCAGUGAGGUCUUGGACAGUAUGUUGUUACCAGAGAAUGACGUAAACAGAAAAAGUAAAGGCAUGACAUCAGCCAAAGCACUGUGUAUGAGUAAAAAUAGAUGCCAGAUAUUGCACUGACAUUGUAUGCAAAGGAUGAAAUAGAGAAAGCACAUCUCUCAAUAUUUUUUCAUGUAAAGCUCUUUCACAAAGCUGAGAUUUAGAGAUUUACUGACAAAAUCAAGACCUUUAACUGCAUGUUGACUGAAAUGGCCAAAUCAAAGUUGACACAAAAAUAGUUUUCAAAAUUUCACAACUUGCUGCAAAGUUGUUACAUUAAAACAGCAGACAAUUUACCACUCAUGAAACCCUGCAUCUGUAGAGCAUUUGUCCAAUUAUGUCUUAGCAUCUAUUAACUAGGCAGGGCCGGCCUGUCAAUCUUUGGACUUCAACCAUGGAUGUAUUAAAAAGAGUAGGAUACAGUCCAGCAGCAACUAACUACAAGUAACUACAAGGGUGUGGCUGAGGGAAUUGGUCACCUAUGUGUCCCUCCAAAGUCAUGUGACACCAUUAAGAUGUUUCACAGAUGAAGUCCAGACUAUGUCCACAGAAUCAGGCUGGACUUUGUCCAGAGUUACCCUUUCACACUUGUAGCAUACAACAGGAGGUAGUCAAACACAUUCUCAUCUGCCGGGAAUACUCAGUCAUAUGAUAGAACGUCAUCAACACUGCCACUAGCUCCAUGUGAAUACUCCCAGACUAUAAGCCGCUGUAUUCUCACAUGAUCUCACUUGGAUAUUAUGCGGACUUUGUACUAGGGAGCUGGCUGGGUAAAGUCCACUUUACAUCCAGGUGGACUGACUUAGACAUUUGCUUUCACACAUACAACUCCUCCAGGUAAUGUCUAGAUAAUUUCAGGGUUCUAGCGCAUGUCUGAAAAGGGCUUUAGACAUGACUUUCACUCUGCAGAACAGGCUACACUUUGUUAUUGCCAAGUUAUGGAUCAAAGAUUCCUCAUUUGCACACUAAAGGUCAUGUUUUAUGGGUUGAAUAAAUUAUUUUAAUUUAUUGCAGUAUGUUUACAUCUUUACAUGUACAUUCAGCCUCAUUGUAUCAAAUUUCUAGAAUUUUUCAGUAUUCGAAUCACACAUUGAAUCAGUGUUUUGUUUCAGGAAUAUGAUGGGUGUUGCUGUUUGACUGAAGCCAACAAGUUUUUUUUUCUUUUUCUGUCUUAAAAGUCCAAAUAGGGAUGUUUCCUCUCAGGUCACCCAUCUUCCGCUGUGCUGUGUCAAAUAGAAACAUUUAUUUUACUGUCUGGUGGGAAUAAAAUAAAUCUUUGCUACAAAACUGUCAUUACAAAAGCGGUUUGUGUCCUGUCCGCUAGUGUGGUCGUUCAAUGUGUGAGUUGUGCUCUGAAAGGUCUACAUUUAAAGGAUUUUCCUACACUGCAGUUUGUUCCUCACCAUAAAUCAUUUAACCAUGUGAAAAUGUAUUUAUGGGGAAGAAAAGCCAUUAAGAUAGUUGCA